CUUUUCUCGACUCUCAAGUUUAUUGUUCCCUUCGAACUUCGACGGCUGUUGAAUUUACUCGAUGUCAGUGUAAUAAACCAAGUAUGUAAGUACGCGAAAACCAGCUGCACUUGCACCCACUGCUCAGAAGUAUCGCGGUCGCCAUCAGCGUACUCCCACUAUCAGGCUCAAUGACCUCAAAAGACAGUCCUAGGCCCUUCAAGUUUUUGUGGAGUCGACCUGUAGCCCAACGUUCUCCUGGCAAGGACCCUCGAAAUGUCUAUAUCACCUUGAGCUUAUUUAUACUCCGCAACGCCUACACUCAUUCACAAAGCACCGCUCUUUCCUGUCGAGCCGGCUCCGUGUUGACUGACUUUCGAUUUGGAUUAUACAGAGACGAUUUCCAAUUCAUUUCUUGACAACUCGGUUCUCAAUAGACUCUCCGAGACAGUAGGCGCUACUGAUGCUGGGUAGAUUUGAAUUUGUGUCAAACCAAGAUUUCCAUUACAAGUCGAGCAAGACUGUGGGGCUUAUAGAAAUCAAGAAAGUUUUGCGGGGACCUUUCACCGUUGUGCGAAAUAUCUUCGCCUAUAAAGUUUAGUGCUACUCAAUCCAUCCUCCUCAGUGCUCUUCAUCUUCUGCCCCCCGUACCGCCAUACAAUGCGCUUCACUGCAGUAUUCACUCUCAGGUUCUUAGCCUUAGUCGCAGCUGUCGCGGGCUUCCAGGUCCAAAGCAAUAACCCAGCGUUCAAUGCCACUGGGCGACAAGGCUGCAUCACUGCAUUGUCCAACUCCAACGGCGUCCCCGUCGUAAUUCACGACUGCAACUCCGACGAUUCUCCUAGCCGUGAUUGGGAUUUCUCGCGUUUCACCAGGCAAAACUCAGGACCUCAACCGCUAAAGAUUUUUGGUGAUAAGUGUUUGGACGUAAAGGACGGCAACAAUGCUGACGGUACCAAACUUCAAAUCUGGACCUGUGUCAACGGGAACACGAACCAACUGUGGAUCUCUGUCACCGAUUUCACCUUCCAAUGGGCUGGAACCAACAAAUGUAUCGACCUAACGGAUGGCAACAUUAAUGAUGGGAAUCAACUUCAGAUAUGGACCUGCGAUUCCAACAACUUAAACCAGAAAUGGACUGCGAAUCCCAUCGUCACUCAACCACCACCUCAGUCGGCCGGCGUUCAACUUGUUGCAAGUGGAGGACCUGGUAGACCCCCGAUGUGCAUGACCGCAGCUUUCAACAGCGACGGAUCGAAUGUUGCUAUCGCUGCCUGUUUUGACCCAACAGCCACAUUUCCCGCUGGAAACAUUACCUGGGUCAUUCCCAGUCCUGGAUCCACCGGUCAGAUCAAAACAUUCGAUGGGACUAAGUGCCUUGAUGUUCGUAACGGCGACACAUCAAAUGGGAAUUUGCUCCAAGUUUGGACAUGCGUGGAAGGGAAUACGAACCAGUUGUGGAGACUUGACGGAUCAGAUGUGAGGUCCAUCUCUUGGGCAGGACAAAAUAAAUGUGUGGACGUCCCGGGCAGGAACUAUACAGCUGGAAAUGUGCUUCAAAUAUCAGACUGUGAUUUAAUGAACAAUCUCGGCCAAUGGUGGGAUGUUCAGAAUCCAACUUCGCCGCUGUGAAAUGGGACAUAAACUCACUUCGCCCCGAUUCACCUCCCCCCCCCAGUAUCGGUCUUACUUGUGUUAUUUCUGCUUGUCCUGAGAUCAAUUCGUAUCCGUUUUCCUUCCUUGUCGGCGUUAUAACCAAUAUUGCCGCAUCUGCAGGCAUAGGUAUUUUCCAUACGCCCUGGUCAUGAGCAAAUCACUGAACGGAA